UCUAGAAAAUGUAUUGGAAAAUGCUGUCGUGAAGUAAUUGAACCAAAUAUAUUUGUUAAAUCUGAAAGAAAAAGUGAAUACUAUCAAUUGUGAAGUUAAUGUAAAGUUCAAUUGAAUUGUUAGGUUAACAUCCCUAUUAGACUGUUUGUGGCGUUCCAAUUGAAAUUAGACCAUUUAAGCAACUCUACAGAAGUAUUAAGAAGUAUCACCGUAUCUUCAUAGUACAGAUUAAUUUGCCGUUGAAGUUGUGUUGGAUCGAGAAAGAGUACACUGGAUUUAAAUAAUGAAUUUAGAUUUUGCGAAAUUGUGCGGCAAACAUGCUGCCAUUUAUGAGGCAUAUUACAAACAGAUUGACCCAAAGGGUUCUGGUGCUAUAGAAGCGAUGACGGCUGCGAAAUUUUUAAAAAAAUCUGGUCUUAGUGAUGUUGUGCUUAGCCGAGUUUGGGAUUUAUCAGAUCCUAACGGAAAGGGUUUUCUUGAUAAGCCUGGUUUCUUUGUUGCAUUAAAACUCGUGUCACUGGCUCAAGCUGGUCAAGUGAUAAAUAUGAGUAAUAUAUACACGGAAACAGCGAAUCCACCAAAAGUUGGUGAUAUCCCAAAAAUUUUACCACCUCGCAUACAAACAGUUCCAGUGGCUAGCGUAGGUACUAUAAGUGGCGAUUGGUCUAUUAGUGUCAUAGAUCGUUUGAAAUAUGAGCAACUUUUCGAGACCCUAAAACCCAUUAAUGGAAUGUUGCCGGGCAACAAAGUCAAGGGUGUGCUCAUGGACUCGAAACUGCCUAUGGAUACUUUGGGAAAAAUUUGGGAUUUAGCUGAUCAGGACAAAGAUGGUAACCUGGAUAAGCAUGAAUUUAUCGUGGCAAUGCAUCUUGUUUAUCAAACAUUGGAAAAACGCACUGUACCCGAUGUGCUACCGCCAGAGUUGCGCAAGCCUAAUUCCGGUGGAGGUCCACCGCCAAAGCCUGCUCCGCCAAUUGUGUCAAGCAAUUCGGCAACAAUGCCACGUGCCCCAAGUGGUGAAGGAUUUGGGGAUGGUGGUUUUGUGGCCAACUUUCCCAAAGAUAUAGCACCUCCACCAGCUAUACCACCGCUGCCUGUCGCGAUACCAACAAUGACACGUGUUCCACCUGUCGGUGCAAGUGGUGUUCAAUCACAACCGCUUAUAUCAACCGAUCCGCUAAUACCCAUCGGCGCGCCACCUUCCGUAACAGCUAGUGCUGAUUGGGUUGUUAGUCCAGCCGAGCUGAAACGUUUUGAAAUAACAUUCAGAGAUUCAGACCGAGACAAGGAUGGACUUGUGUCGGGGCUUGAAGUGAAGAAUGUGUUCAUACAAUCGGGCGUACAGCAAAACUGUUUGGCGCAUAUUUGGGCUCUUUGUGACACAAACCAGUCAGGAAAAUUAACUCUUGAACAAUUCGCUUUGGCUAUGUGGAUGGUGGAACGUAAACAGAAGGGCAUCGAGCCACCUCAGGUACUGACAGCCAACAUGGUACCACCGUCUAUGCGUAGCAUCGUAUCUGGCGUAGAUUUGCAACCACAAGAACCUAAACCGACUUAUUCUAAUCCUGAGCUAGAAAUGAUCUCCAAGGAAAUCGAAGAGCUUGCCAAGGAGCGCCGUGCUUUGGAAACAGAAAUUGCACAGAAAGAAGCAGAUAUACGCAUAAAAUCGGGCGAAGUUCGUAGCCUACAGAGCGAAUUGGACACGUUGUCAGCUACAUUAAAACAGUUGGAAAAUCAACGUGGUGAGGCACAGAAACGUUUGGAUGACUUGAAAGCACAGAGCAUUGACUACCAGACGGUACUAAAAAACAUGACUUUAGAUAUAUCUCAGUUAAGAGUGCAGGUAACCAAAAUACGAGAUCAAUGUCAAAAACAAGAGGAAACCAUAAACGAGCAAGAGGGUGAACUAAAUGCAAAACGCUCUGAGUUGCAAAAAUUAAAAGACGAGGAAGCUGCGUUGCAAAAGGAGUAUGAUCAAAAUAAUCGAGAGCUGCAGAAGCUAACACAACAUUUACAAAAUACCCAAUUACAAAUUAGUUCGGUACGCUCGAUGGUAACACAAUUACUGGAAACUCAACGUCAAAUGACUGAUGCGUUGUUGAUGUGUCGUGCGGCCAUCUCAAAUCAAGACGCAGAGUUGGUGUCCGAGUAUCAAUUAAAAAUCGAACCAGACUUCAAUGAAGCGCGCCAAAUACUUGAAAAGAAAGUAGAGGAACCAAAAGCGGACGAUCCAUUUGGGGAAAAUAGUACUGUGGAAUCAACAACGAAAACUACAAACGGAUUCGCCAGUAAUGGCUUUGGUAAUGACCCUUUCACAGCAAAUAGCGGCAGUGCAACUAUUGGUCGCACUGGAUUUGAUGACAGCUUUACGGCUACAAGUGGAUUUGGUGAAAGCGGAUUCGAUGGUUUUGGUAGCAAUAGCGGCUUUAGUCAACCAGCAAAGGAUCCCUUCGGCGGAGAUGCUUUCGCAAAUAAACCUAGUAAUGCAAUAACGCCUGAGCCGGGUAAAGAUGACUUCGGAAGUGAUCCAUUUGCCGCGUUACAUGCACCUACCGGACAGGGUCAAGUGUUAAGCCCAAAUGCCCAAAAAUCUGGACCACCACCGAGGCCUGAGUCGCCAAGUCCAGCUUUGCCACCAAAGAAAUCGAAGGUGCCACCUCCGCGUCCAGCACCACCACGCCCAAUGCAGGGACCUGCACGGCCUGUUCAACCAGCUUCCGACGCAUUCGGUUCUAACACAUCCGGCGGAGGUGGUGGUUUUGCUGACUUUGCAGAUUUCGACAAUAAGGUCUCGAGCAUUCCACCGCCUAUAGCAUUCCCUCCACAAUUAACAUCUGCACUUGUGUCAUAUAACACUACAAACAGCAAAAGCAGUAGCUCAUUCGACAUGCCCAUAAUUACAAAGAUUGUCACACCAGUCACCACCACUACAUUCGCAUCGGUAUCAAGCUCAUCGCCAUCUACGUCAGUGUCUACAUUAACGGCAAUCGCAAACAAUUCCAACAACUCAUCUACAAUGUCCUCGUCUAUAAAUGAUAACUUAACGCGUUCCAUCACACCGCUGCAGCAGGCGUCCGCUGUAACGUCCUUGUUCGUCAGUAAAUCGAGCGAAACAAUAGCAGAUGCUUCCGUGGAGAAUGUGCGAGAAAGCCGAGCAUCUAUUAUUAGUGGUCCGACAGAUUUUUCAGAUGAUCCCUUCAAGGACUAUCGUUAUGAGGAUCCAUUUAGUAUUAAAGAUCCGUUCGCAGACGAUGAAGAUAUAGAUACGGAUCCGGAGAAGAUUUUCAAGGAUGACUUCUCAGACGAUGAUAAGGCCAAGACUUCAUCUACUGGUUUUACGGCAAACAGCACCAAUACUCAACCCUUUGUAGUUAGCAAUAAAUCUGCAACUCCGUUAAGCGCUGAUUUUCUUGACCAGUUCGAUGCUUUCAAUUUGAAUCCUAGUCCUGUGCCUUCACAACAGUCUUCAACAUCGGGCGGCUUAACAGGUAUAGGUUUUGGCAGUGGGGGUCAGAGUAGUAUUAGUAGCUCAAGUAAGAAAUCGAAUAGCGUUACACCUAUUCCACAUGCAAUGGGGGCCGAAGUUAGUGGCGUUGGUGGUAGUUUAUUUGAUGACUUCGCCAAUUUUGAUACAUUUGGUGCUACGAAACCGAAAGCGACAGUUGCGCUGUCUUCUUUGGGGGAACUGGAUGCUGCAUUCAAAAGCAACAACUCAGAAGAGCCAAAACCCAAGGCAAAUGAUUCCUUCUUCGAAGCAUUUAAUGAUAAUUUUGAUAACAAUUCUAAUCGUGAUGUGCAGACAAGUACACUAACUGGCAAGUCGAACACAAACAUUUUCGAUCCCUUUGGUGAUAGCAAGGCAAAUUUGGAUGCAUUUGAUGCCUUUAGCACUUCCAAGCGCAGUGAUUCAGCCUUUGUAGAUCCUAAAGGAAAUUCGGCCAUUACUAAAUCAUCUAAAGUGUUUGAUGACUUCAAUGACAAUGCAUUCGAAGAUGACUUCUUUAAGAUAAAAGACAAUAAUGCAAAUGCUAACUUUGAUGUCAAGUUGACAACUACGCUCUCAAAUAAUGCUAAUACUAAAGACGAUAGCUUUGGAAAAUUCGAUGAACUCAACAACAGUCUUAAUUUUACAAACGAUUUUGAUACUGCUUUAAAUAACUCAAAAAAUUUAACUGAUAAUGAAGAGGUAAAAUCUUUAUCGGCGUUUCGUAAAGAUGCACUAGGAGCUACGGCAUUAACGAAAGUACAAAAUAUCACAACUCUAAGUAAGGUGUCAAAUCCAGAUGUAGCCCUUGCUGUAGUUGGCGCAGCUGGGGAAAAUGGUGACAAAGUUGCAGAAAAAUUCGCUGCCGACUACUCCAAAGCAGAUACAUUCGAGUUGGAUUUGCAAGAGGCGCUUAAACGCAGUAUGCUGGAAAAUUAAGAAUUGAUAUUAAAUCUCGACAUACCACUUUGUAUAAUUAUUAUUAAUUUCGAUGUAUUUAUAACUCUAUAUACAUACAUAUUUCGCUGUUAUAAAUAUAUUGUAAAAGUAGUAAUAUAGUUCGCCAUAAUAAAAUGGAAAUUAGACAUAACUAGGAAUAUGGCCGUUGCCCGUUCAACGAUUCACUCAAUGGUGAUAAAAACCUUAUUUAUAUGUCAUUUAUAAUCGGUUUUGCUCAGAUUUUGUACUCAUACUUUUAUUUACAUCAUGAAUGAUUAUUUUAUACUUAAAACUAUCUGUUAAACCACCUUAUUUUGCCUAGAGUUGUAUUUGUGUUGCGUAUCAUAUGACUAGUUUUGUAAAAUUUGUCUUUGGAAACUAUUUUUUAUGCGUAUAAAAUUUGUAAUUCGGAUUUUUGGAUUUAUACUGCGUUUGUUUUCACACUGCGGGCAUCACAUUAUACUUGUACAAUCCUAAAUAUUUGCAAAAAAUAAGACAGCAAUGCGGUACAAAUAAUUGUUUUUAGAUUUGAAAAUCCAUUUCUUACAAUCUUUAGUACGCAUAAUUUGAUUACCAACCAAAAAUUAUCUAAAAAUUCCAUAAUUUAAAUUUUGUAUUAUUAACUUUAUAAAUUAUUUUUGUUUAGCUAUAUGAAAAACUUAUCAUUUACAAGUACAUUUAUAAUAAAAUGCGAAGCAUGAUUAUACAUAUACCA